CGAUUGCAUAUUGUGAGCAGCAUUCGAACUCCUUGUAGACAGAUUAUUGCCUCUGUCUUUCGUUCUUUCACAGAUCAAAGGAUAGUGUCGUCCAAGGCAAGUAGAGUCUAUCCAGCGUGAUGUGGACCCACUUCAAAUUCACUGGGUUGUACCUCGCGGUAGCUUUUUCGUUCGCGUCAUCCGCAGCUGCAGAAAAAACGUAUAUCGUUGGAAAGGGAGAGGAUGAAAAUUUGUUGAUGAUGAGUAUUGUGUUCUUGGUGGUGUGUGGCUUAUUUUUUGUGAUCAGCGUCGUGAUGUCUUUGAUGUUGAUCAGACGAUCAAGACUAACAUAUGGUAGUGGAAGAGGAUAUGAUCUAGAAAUAACGGAGGAGAAGUUUCAGAGCAUGUACCGGUCCAGCGAGCACGCUGAGGAGAAGUCACCAGCCAAAUUCGAGCAGCUUAAGCUCAACGACGUAAGCAACGGAGUUCAUGACUCCAUCGACGACAUCAAGUCAAGUGAACGCCAGAACAACAAUAUGGGAAAAACAAGCGCUCCACCAGGAACAGAAAAAGAGCAAAAAGGCACCAAGGAAAGCGAGAAAGACACAAAGACUCUCAGUUCUUUUCAUAACAAGGCGUACCAAAGUACCAGCAUGCAAUCUGGAAUGGAUCUGGUGGAAAGUGACGUCAAACGCUAAAGACAGGCACACACCGUUUUGAUUAAUGAAAGAAAGUGACACACGUAAGAGCUGGUGAAAUAUCAAGGAGCUUCUUAUCAUUCUUUUUCGGUCUAAUUGAGUCGUUUCAAACGUAAAAUCAUGUGCAUGUGUUUAAGUUUCAAACUCCUGGAAAUAAAUAGAGUUUACCACCUUUG